AUGGCGUCAAAUACCACCCACACCGUCACCACCGUCGCACUCGACCGCAAUCGCACGCAACCUGCCACAAGCCCCCCGAAACGCCGCCGCACGUCCUGGCGUACCCAGCACCCCGAUCCCCCGGCCUUGGCUACUUGCAUCGACCCGCACUCCGCCCUCAUGCAGGGGCACGACCAUGAGCACGCCUCGGAGCGCUCACGACACCUGCUGGGCGACAAAGCUGAAGAGACGGAGCACGCCCAGGCCUCCAAGUCCCGCAAGAUUGAGAAGAUGAUCACCCCCUACCUCGCCCACCACAUCCCCCACCAGUACAACCCCCUCGGCAGCGCAGACGCCCCCGCCGGCCACGCAAACACAAAGUACUGCUACCGCCACCGCCCCGACCUGCUGUGUCGACGCCAGGCCGACGAACCCUCGAUGGAGCAGCUGCAGCAGGACAUUGGCCGCGAGUCUCAGGCCGACCAGCAGAGCAUCGCCAACGUCUGGUCUCUCUUCUCCGCCGCCCCCUCGCGACACCGCAACCUCAUGCUCCAGGGCAUCCUCGCCCAGUGCUGCUUCCCCCAGCUCUCCUUUGUCUCCUCGGCCGUCCGCAACCUCAUCAAGAUCGACUUCAUCGGCGCACUGCCCCACGAGCUGGGCUUCAAGAUCCUCUCCUACCUCGACACCACCUCGCUCUGCAAGGCCGCCCAGGUCAGCCGGAAAUGGAGACAGCUCGCCGACGACGACGUGGUCUGGCACAAGAUGUGCGAGCAGCACAUUGACAGAAAGUGCACAAAGUGCGGCUGGGGACUGCCCCUGCUCGACCGAGCACGUCUGCGCCACGAGAAGAGGAGGAUCCAGCUGCGCGCUUCCGGACGAGGCAUCAACGAGUGGUCACCCAACAUCACGCCCACCCCCGACACUUCCGCUCCCCCUACGACCCUGGUGCAUCGUCCCUCUGAUGCGUCCGACUCCGCCACGGGCUCCAAGCGCUCCGCUCCCGAGGACCCCUCCUCACCAGAGUCGUCGUCGAAGCGCUCGUGCACCGGCGUCGCCAUCAAAGGCGAAGCCCGUGACCAAUUGGCCUCGUACUUUGACCAGCCCAAGAAGCGGCCGUGGAAGGACGUGUACAAGGACCGCUUCAAGGUCGGCACCAACUGGAAGUACGGACGCUGCUCCGUCAACAUCCUCAAGGGACACACCAACGGCAUCAUGUCGUUGCAGUUCGACGACCGCAUCCUGAUGACCGGAUCCUACGAUGCCACGAUCAAGGUGUGGGACAUCAAGACCGGAAAAGAAAUCCGAACCCUCACCGGACACUCUGCCGGCAUCCGCUGUCUGCAGUUUGACGACUCCAAGCUCAUCACAGGCAGUCUGGACCGCACCAUCAAGGUGUGGAACUGGAGGACCGGAGAACUGAUCAGGACGUUGGGCGGCCACACCGACGGCGUCAUUGGUCUCCACAUGGCGGACAAGCUGCUUGCAUCAGGAUCGUCAGACCACACCAUCAUGGUGCACGACUUCAACAACUACCAACGCGUCACACUACGCGGCCACACUGACUGGGUCAACUCGGUCAAGAUCGACCUGGCCUCGCGCACCCUGUUCUCGGCAUCCGACGACAUGACGGUCAAGCUGUGGGAUCUCGACACGCACCAGUGCAUCAAGACGUACGAAGGCCACGUCGGCCAGGUGCAGCAGGUUCUGCCCCUGCCGCACGACUUUGAGAUUGACGAGGACGACUUCAACGCCACCGCCGAUGCCGACGCCUCCGACACAGCUUCCCAGCCCCCCUCAGACAACGAGACAGCCCCGCCAUCAUUCUCUGCAAUACAAGAAGAGGCCAUCUUCCCCAACGACCCAUCACGGCCCAGCCCACCCUCAUACAUGCUCACCGGCUCUCUCGACGGCACCAUCCGUCUCUGGCACGUACCCUCAGGCCGCUGCGUGCACCGCUUCUUCGGCCACGUCGAGGGCAUCUGGUCACUUGCUGCCGAUUCGUUACGCGUCGUGAGCGGCGCAGAGGACAAGACGAUCAAGAUCUGGGAUCCGCGCACCGGCAAGCACGAGCGCACACUGACCGGCCACACAGGCCCGGUAACGUGCGUGGGCCUCAGUGACGAGCGCGUCGUCAGCGGCGGCGAGGACGGCACAGUGCGCAUCCAUUGUUUUACAAGCGUUUGA